AUGUUCUGGAAAUAUGGCGGUUACGCGAAUGUGUCACCCAUCAACUCGCUGCUUGACAAAGCCGAUGUCAAGGUGGAGGAGAUCCUUGAUGAGUCCGACUUAAUGCAGGAGAUAAAACAGCAUAAUACGCGAUUGAUAGAGUACUUGCGUGACGACCAUGUUCUGAGGAGACUGUUCGAUCUUAUCAUCUCUCCCACUCUUAUCAUCCAUCAUGAUGACGACCGCGAACACGAUGAUUAUGACAAUAAUGAAGGUGGACAUGACGAGACGACCGAUGACAAGAAAGAACCCGAAUCUCCCGAAUCAACCGACGAAGGCCAGAUCCAGCUCUCGGAGUUUCCAAGGAUAUCGCCAAAAACAAGCCGUGAACCCAAAGACCUAGAUGAGGCUGAGAAGAAUAGGCUGAAAUAUGCUUAUAUCGCCUCUGAGGUGUUGUCGUCGCCUUCCUGGUCUGUCAUUGAGGCCAUGGUGGAAAACGAGGAUGCCCUACGAAGCUUUUGGCAGUAUAUGUACAGAACUGGGGAGUUGGACUCUGUGCAAACAAGCUACUUUGUAAAGGUCAAUGAGGUGUUGUUGGAUCAGAAGACGGACGCCAUGAUCGCGUUUAUUAUGCGUCUGGAUAACAUCAUACCAAUGUUGCUGCAGCACGUCGACAAUCCCUUAGUUAUGGAUCUCGUCUUAAAAAUUAUCACUCUGGACAAGAUCGAAGAACAGAAUGUAACUGAGGUAUGCACAUACACCCCGUCAUCUUGUUAUUUCCUGCUUAAUUCUAAUUUGAGACAGUGGCUCCAAUCCCAGAACCUCAUCCCCACUUUCCUAUCGUACAUCUCAAAUGAUCACCCGCCCGAGACUCAGACGGCUGCUGGUGAUUUGCUGAAGGCCAUUGUCACCAUCUCCGCUAAUGCCGCCCAGAACGAACAGCCCUGUAUUGGACCCAAUAGCUUAACUCGACAGCUAGUAUCAGAACCCUGCAUAAAGACGCUAAUAUCUGCCAUGGUUCAAGGCGGAAACCCCCUUACAGUUGGAGUCGGCAUCAUUAUUGAUAUCAUCCGGAAAAACAAUCCUGAUUAUGAUCCUGAGAUGACUGAGAACCGCAAUUCUACCCCAACCACCCAUGACCCUAUAUACCUUGGCACCAUGCUAAAGGAAUUUGCAAGCCAUGUUCCUCAAUUCAUGGAAUUAAUGAACCAGAGAAGCAGAUCUGAUGAUUCUAAGCUUGACACUGCCUGGGGAGAAACUAUUGAGCCCCUUGGCUUUGAUAGAUUCAAGACUUGUGAACUUAUGGCUGAACUACUCCAUUGUAGCAAUAUGUGUCUGCAUAAUGAAUCUGGUAGUCAUGGGGAUAUGCUGGCACGAGACUUGGAAAGGGAACGACUACGAGCCUCAGGAUUUCCACAGCAUACGGAGGACGGGUUUGUAUACGCGGACAGUACCAACGGCAUCUCGGAUUCGAGGAUGGAGGCUACAUCUCAUGAAGAAUUCAGAAGAGAACAAGCUAAUACUGGUGAAGAUGAACCAUUCGAAGAGAUCACAUCUUCUGGUGUUCUAGUUGAUAGAGUCAAGGACUCUGAAAGCCCUGCUGAAUGCGAUACCAAACCUGCCGCCGACAAUACGCUUUCAAGCGCUCCAAAGUUAGGACAGGGAGACGACUUUGUAGAUGAACCAUUGACACCCCCGAAGUUAAAUACUUCCAAAAAUGAUUCUUCAACGACUGAGGACGAAUCUACCGCCAAAGAGUCCGUUUCUUCUGCGAUACAGUCCGAUUUGACCGAAAAAGUUGAUGAAAUACACCUCGACAAAAAGGAAGAGGAUACAAAGGAACCAGAAGCGGAUUCCAAGCCAUCAGACUCUCCUGUAUCUGCACAGACUGCUGAGCAGCCGACUACCUCGGAAACAAUACCAACAUCCUCUGCCUUAACAACCCCAGAAACCACCCCGACACUCUCAGAGGAAGAACAUCCACAGCCUUCUCACACAGAGGAGCCCACAUUCGAAGAAUCCAAGUAUGAAUCUGAUCCAUUUAUUCAAAGGGAGCCUGAUGGGAAACCUGUUGUCGGUGAUUAUAUGAAGAUCAUGUUCCACGAGCACAAAGUCGUGCCAACGGUAUUGUCUUAUUUCUUCCGUUUCCCCUGGAACAACUUCCUUCAUAAUGUGGUUUACGAUAUCGUGCAACAGCUUCUUAACGGUUCGAUGGAGCAAGGAUUCAACAGAGCACUAGUCAUUGAUUUGUUCGAAAGUGCCGAAAUAACUACACAAAUCAUUGAGGCUCAACGACGCAGUGAAGAAUCCGAAGCUAAGCAUAAGAUGCGUCUCGGUAACAUGGGCCAUCUUACUCUAAUUGCUGAAGAGGUAGUGAAGUUUAGUGAACGUCACCCACGUGAAGUUCUUUCACCGCAGGUUAUGGACAAAUUAACGCACCCCGAUUGGAUUGACUACGUCGAACAUGCCCUUUCAGAUACUAGAGAACGCGAGAACGCUAUCCUAGGUGGUGUGAAGCCCGAUAUCACCAUGAGCCACCGCCAGGCUGUCCUAAACGCAAUUAGCGCCCCCACUGGCCUUCAAGGGACAUCUUCUGCUUUAGCCGACGCAGGUCUCAAUGGAGGUUUCUCUAGUGGCUUUUCCCUGAGCAAUCUCACUUUUGAUAACCAGUCUUCCGCAUCCGGCGGCGCCUUUGGCUUCAAUAGCAACCUCGGAACAGGGACCGGAACCGGAACAGGUGUAUCUUUAUUCAGCGGCUUUGGAAGCUCAAGUGAUGAUGAUGACGAAGACAUGGAAGACCGAACGGAUAACCGUGACUCUCAAUCAAUUGGAUCAGGCCUUGUAAGUCCAAAAUAUGGUGAUGACGAUUCGUUCGAAGAUAUUGAUAUGAGUGACGAAUAG